GCAGCCUUCCAGGAGCAGCCAGGAAGAUGUCUCAAACUUAACCCUCUGCAAGCUGCCAGGCUAAAGGGCUGGUAGAGCCUGGAGAAGCCGCCCUGAGGUUGCUUGGAGUCUGGGAAAGGCCAUCGGGAGCAGGCUUGGGCAGGAAGCUGAGCCCCCGGGGAGCUGAGAGCUGCGGUUCGAGCCAGUCACGUCCUGCGCACGGAGGGCGGGUAGCCUCGGCCCGCCGGUAUUUGGGGAAGCGUCCCAGUUCUAGGCGCUUCCAGUGGCUGCCUUGCACAAGUGACUUCUGGGCCCAGCUCUGGGGCAAAGAUGCCCGCCCUUCACAUUGAGGAUCUGCCGGAAAAGGAAAAACUGAAGAUGGAGGUUGAGCAACUUCGCAAAGAAGUGAAGUUGCAGAGACAACAGGUGUCUAAAUGUUCUGAGGAAAUAAAGAACUACAUUGAAGAACGUUCUGGAGAGGAUCCUCUGGUAAAGGGAAUUCCAGAAGACAAGAAUCCCUUCAAAGAAAAGGGCAGCUGUGUCAUUUCCUAAGGAACUCUGGAGGGAAAUUGUUUUCAGUUGGGUCAGAUUGUUCUUUUGUUUAAUUUUUCCCCCAAAUGAAGCCAAAGUGUGUGUGAAGAAUUGAGGAAAAAAUGAAAUCGAGAAAAAGACUGUCAUAUAAGCACUCUCCAAGCACUUUGUGCAUAGAACAAACCUGCUUCUCACCCACACACCCUCUCUCAGAGGAGAGCACCUGAGUGCAGUUAUGGGAUGAAGGCCUGGCUCUCCCUUUCAAUAUACUGCUUGCUGUCUCCAAUAAAGUUUUACCUUGAAAAAAAAAUCAAUGGUAGUGACCUAAGAUAGCACCUUUUAUUCAUUAACUCUUGAGUUUCCUUCUAUAACCUGUCCAGUGUUUGGGGUUUAUGUCAUAAGAUUAGGAAUAUAAAUGACGUGGUUUGCAACACAGCUCUCCCUUACUCAUGUGUUUACAAUGCCAAAGUCUGACUUCUGGAAUGUGUUAGAUUUAACUAUUAGAGAACCCAGCGGGUAGGAUUCCUAAUGACAUUAACAGGAGUCAGGUGGUGAGUCAGGAACUUUGCCAAACCAAGUCGACAUUAGCACAUCCCUGGUUUGCGAUGAUUCAGUUCAAAAUAUCCCUGCAGCAGUGUCCUUGGGAAAUGGGACAAGUAUGUGAAUGGGAAAAAGAACCCUCAUCCAAGAAUGCUGGCUGCCAGGGCUAGUUCUUUUGCUGACCCAGAUCUACAUUCCUUGUUCUCUCCAGGUCUGGGGAUGGUUCCUCUUUAGUUCUGUGGCCUCUGGGUAGAUGUUUGAAUGUCUUCCACCUCUUCCUCCUCUUCCUCCUCUUCCUCCUCUUCCUCCUCUUCCUCCUUUUCCCUUUUCCCCUCCUUCAUCUUUUAUCUUCUCCAAAAGAUACAGUGAAUUUUGACUAAUUUAAAAAGAUCAAUUGGAUGUUUUCCUGUCAUUGUGAAAGCUCACCAUGUCUUCUUUUCCUCCUCUAUUGCUGCUGUCCAUUACAAGCCCCUCCUUCCAAUCAAUGGCCCCACUUUCUAUGGCAAGUUGAGCUUCUGUAGUUUUAAGUACAAUUCAUGCUGAGGUCAUUAUGAAGGCACCUGUGACUAAGACAGCAAUGAAAGAGACAUUUCUUCCUCUGGAAAAAACUUUUCUCAUUUCCCCCGUCUCUUGUUUUGGGAUUGUUAGAGAUUUGGAAUGAAAGUGAAAUAAAAUCUUUACAAAUAGGUUCUGGUUCAACUAUGUCUAGUUACUAACAUGCUCUAUGGCAUUAAAUGUGGUAUCCAAAGACUA